AUGAUCGCUUCUCUCUCGCUCCUCCUGCUAUCCUUAGUGUCAGCUACUAGCGAUAGCUAUGGAUCGAUAUCAUCUCGAUCUGGCGUAUCUCCAGAACUACUAGAUCUGAGAGGUGCAGAUGUAGGGUUCAGUCAGUAUACCUAUAACUCAACUUUGCUCCCACCCAAUCGACCUAGACCACCAAACUGUCCACCAUGUUUCAACUGUCAACUACCCGCUUUCAACUGCGGUAAUGCGGGUGAAUGUAAUCCCUAUGAUGGACAAUGUAGAUGCGAACCUGGAUUUGGUGGCCAAGAUUGUCUAACACCCCUAUGUGGUGCAUUAUCAGAUGGGGAAGAGAGGUAUCCUAGACCUGAAGGAGAGUUGUGUCAGUGUAAAGAUGGCUGGGGAGGGAUAAAUUGUAAUGUUUGUAAAACCGAUAAGGCGUGUUCUGCCUUUCGUCCGAAAUCUGGCGCCAAUCAGGAAGACGAUAAUGGUGAUGAAGAUGAAGAAGAUCAGAUGGUAUGUUAUAAAGGUGGUUUGGCCGUACAGAGGAAUUUCCAGAUGUGUGAUGUCACGAACCGUAAAAUCAUCGAUACAAUUCCAGACAACAAACCUCCUCAAGUGACUUUCUCCUGCACAACCGGUGGACCAUCUUCCAACGCUUCUUUGCCAUCUUCCUCUUACUCGCCAUUCAGCUCGUUACAAGGUGGAUCAGACAUUCUGCAGGAAGAUAACUUGGGUGAAUGUAACUUCCAAUUUUGGGUGGACAGGAUCGAAUCAUUCCAUUGUGAAUUAUCGAAAUGUUCUUGGCAAUCCAAAGAUUCAUUCGACUCCAAUCAGACGAAUUAUAAUUGCGAGAAGAUAGAAUGUUCUUGUAUACCUGGGAGAUUCUUGUGUGGGGAAGAUGGUAGUGUUAAUAUCGACGAUUUCCUAGCAGAAGAAGUCAAAGGUCCAGGUUCUUUCAACUGUGUAUCUGGCAAAGGAUGCUCUUUCGAGGAACCAGCGAUGAAUCAGUUGAUCAAUGAUAUCUUUGGUGAUAAAUCGAUCACCCUCGAUUGCGAUUCGGGUGAAUGUCUACACUACACCCAGGUACCAGGAUACACACGACCUGAAAGACAGGAUAAUAGUGUUUGGGUCGCUUUGAGCGCUGCUUUGGCGGCGUUGAUCUUUGUCCUGGCUUGUUUGUUACUCUGGUACCUCGGCAGAACACAUCGACACCCCGAAGGCUUCGGCGGAGUCAAAUUGCCCGAAGAUGAAGCUGCCAAAUUGAUGGCUGACCACGUUCCAGCUACUCUUCACUUCAGCAACAUCUCCUAUGACUUGCCAUCUAGUAAACGGGUGCUAUCCCAUAUCACAGGUACAGUACGACCUGGAGAAUUGUUGGCGAUCAUGGGAGCCUCCGGAGCAGGCAAAUCGACUUUACUAGAUAUCCUAGCGAGGAAAGCCAAGUCUGGUCGUGUUAGCGGGGAUAUGUACGUUAAUGGACGGACCAUACCUGAUGAAGCUACUUUUAGAAGAGUUGUCGGUUAUGUGGAUCAGGAAGAUACCCUCCUUAGCACAUUGACGGUAUACGAAGCUGUUUUGUACUCUGCCCUGUUGAGGUUACCUCGAGAUAUGAGCUAUCAAGCGAAAGUCUUCCGAACGCUUGAAACGAUGAAUGAGUUGGGUAUAUUAGGAAUAAAGGAUUCGAGAAUCGGAGAGUCGGGUAAAAGAAGUAUUUCAGGUGGAGAGAAGAGAAGAGUAUCGAUUGCUUGUGAAUUGGUAACUGGACCUAGUAUCCUGUUCUUGGAUGAACCUACUUCUGGUCUCGACUCAUACAACGCCUACAACGUCAUCUCCUCCUUAUCAUCCCUAGCCAAACAAUUCAAUCGAACUGUCAUAUUCACAAUUCAUCAACCACAAUCAAACAUCGUAGCGCUAUUCGAUCGAUUGCUUCUAUUGGCUAAAGGUCAAUUGGUCUAUUCGGGUGAAUCGGAAAGAGCACAACAGCAUUUCGAAAAAUUAGGAUACGAGUGUCCAAAGGGAUACAAUAUCGCUGAUUAUCUGAUUGACGUCACGGUUGAAGCUUCGGGAGAACAUCGAAAUGGAAAUGGAGAGAAUGGGAAAGCCAAGCUGGACGGGAAUGGCACAAGUUCAGGUGCAAGAUCAACUGAUGAUGUUGAAAAUGGAUUCGGUACUUCAUCUUCGACUCGACGGGAGAUAACAUCUGAUGAUACAUCAUCAGACGAAGACGGAGGGGAAGGAGGCGUUUUGAAUGUCAUCAAGUCCAAGGCAUCAAAAUUGUUAGGCGCGUUCACCACGACGACCUCCUCAAUUUUGCCCGGUUCAGGAUCGACUACGCCUAAAGAACAUAUCUCACCUAUACCUGAGAAACUCGCCUCAUUGGUCUUGGCCUCUAGAGCAAGUGAUGAUUCCAAGAUUGUCGAGGCUGAAAUUACAAGGAUACAGCAAGGGCAAUCGCCCGAUGGAUCCAAUGCAAUUGGUAUAACGGAACGGGAUAUAGAUGAAGAGACUAGAUUAUUGAAAGGGUUCCAGAAAGCUAGUUUGUGGACUCAGUUCAGGUUGUUGAGUGGACGAGCGUUCAAGAAUCUCUAUAGAAACCCACUUCUUAUGGCUACUCAUUACGCCGUUGCGAUUGUCGUGGCUUUGGUAUGCGGUUUCUUCUUCUAUCAUGUCACGAAUGAUAUACCAGGAUUUCAAAACCGACUCGGUCUUUUCCUGUUCAUCCUGUCAUUAUUUGGAUUCUCAUGCUUGAGUUCAUUGGGAAUAUUCGCGAAUGAACGGAUCUUAUUCAUGCGUGAGAGGGCAAAUGGAUAUUACGCACCUAUAACAUACUUCCUCUCCAAAAUCCUCUUUGACAUUAUCCCACUUCGUGUAAUCCCUCCUUUCAUCCUCGGUUCCAUCGUAUAUGGUCUAGCAGGACUAAAUGCCGAGGUAUCAGCUUUCUGGAAGUUUAUUAUGACGCUCGUGUUGUUCAAUUUGACAGCUUCAAGUAUCGUGCUUUUCCUCAGUGUUGCCGUGGCAGAUUUGGGAGUGGCGAAUCUUCUAGGUAGUUUGGUUAUGCUUUAUAAUUUAUUGUUCGCCGGUCUAUUGAUGAAUUACGAUAGAGUACCUGACGGGUUGAAAUGGAUGCAAACUCUUUCAUUCUUCCAUGCGGGGUAUGAAGCCCUGCUGGUCAAUGAAUUGAGAUAUUUGCAGUUGAUCGAAAGGAAAUUCGGAUUGGAUAUUCAAGUACCAAGUGCUACCAUCCUCUCAUCGUUCGGUUUCCAUGCUCAGGCAUUCUGGUGGCCUGAUACUGCCCUUUUGGGGAUUGUCUUUGCGAUUUUCACGGUGGGUAGUUACCUAGUUUUGGAAUUGUUCGUUAAAGAGAGGAGAUAA